AUGAUUAGCUCUGACAAAUUACUGGGAGAGGGGGACCUGCGGAAAUUGCUGAAGCUUUAUCGUACAGAGAUUUCUAUGGCUGUGGAUGAUGUAUUUCCAUUACUUCAUGGACUUGCAGAUUAUGAUGUUGUCACUGAAGAGAUGUUCAAGGACACUCUCUGUCUGACAGAAAAAGAAGGCUGCCACAAGGCUUUUCAUGCCAUGUUGACAUGGUUGUUGAACCAGGAUUUACCUGCCAUCCAGGACUUCUGGAGGGUCCUCUUCAAGAAUUAUAACAUGGAGAGGUAUUCCAAGCUCCAGUGCAUUCGAAACAGCUUUCCUAAAGAUAUGGACCUUAGCAGGCAUCGCAGGGCAAAGAAAUUCCCAAGCAGUUGUAAAACGCUGACUCCAUACAAGCCUCAAGGAAAGAGGAAAGCAGCAGAGGAGAAAGAAUCACCACAUAUAUCUCAAUCUUCAUCAAAAGGAGAUUCACAUCUUGGAUACCUUCCAAAGCCAAAAACUGUGAAGAAAUCAGAAAAUGUUGAAAUUCAGCAUUUCCUUGUUUCAAAUGAUGAUAUUAAGAAAUAUAUCAAAGUCGGUGGCGAAUUGUAUACAUCAAGCAAACUGAAAGAGCCCGAAGAGAAAACCAAAGCUUGUGAAAUGAAGACAAGCACAAAAGUCAGAGAAUCGCAGGUUCCUGAAUAUAAUGGGCAUCAACAAGCAAACUUGCAGGAAGGAAGAUGCACUACAUCUCUUCACACUGGGGAUUUAGCUCUGCAGCAGAAGAAUGAUGAUGAAUGCGCAGUCUGCCGGGAUGGUGGAGAGUUGAUCUGCUGUGAUGGAUGCCCCAGGGCUUUUCAUCUUGCCUGCCUUGUCCCACCACUGACAGAAAUUCCCAGUGGAACAUGGAGGUGUGGUUCCUGUUCACCAGGAAAGGCGAAACAAGACAAACGUAAUGAAGAACAGAGCAACACAGAGCCACUUUCUCAAGCUCAGGGUGCUGUUUACAUUCAGAGGACAACUGAAGAUGGAAGGAGAGUUCUCAUCAAAGAACCUGUGUGCACUUCCUUCAGACAGCCUCUGCCUUCCCUGUCUCCAGUGCCUGUGGCAAUACCAGCAGCAACACAGAGCGUGGGAAUGGAGAAACAGCAGAAACGGACAGAUGGUGACAAGUGUGGUGUAUGCCAGAAAGGAGGAGACAUGAUCUACUGCAAUAAAUGUUUCAGGGCUUUCCACUGGCUCUGCCAUUUUCCUGCCCAUGCAGAUCAAAUCAGUGGAAUCUUGAUGUGCAAGUCCUGCUCUGGCAACCCUGUAACUGUGAGCUUGGAAGGAACACCAAACUUGAAUGCUCCAGCCUUACGAACAGUAAAGGUCAUGGAAGACUCUACUGGGACUGAACCUAUUCUGAACAAAGAUGCACUGGAUUCUCUUCUAGGGGAGAAUUCCUUUGAUGGGAUAUUGCAUUGGGCAUUCCAGAGCAUGUCACGUCCUUUGUCAGACAACCAAGGAUUAUUGUCGUAGAACUCUGGAUUUGAUAAUGUAUUGUCACAGUUUAAAUACUGAUCUGACUGUGUCACUGUAAUAUGAAAAAGCAGUUGUUCAGAGCUGAAACACUGGGAUCCAAUACUAAAUCAAUAUAGUCUCUA